AUGUCCCCCACGACGAACCUCUCGCCCUCUGAGGAUGAGUUGCGCCGAGCUCUCAUAGCGCUACGCGCCGACAACCCAAGCUUAGGCAUAGCAAAAUUGCAUGCGCUGCUCUUGUCGACACAUUCUGCAUGGGCGGUGAGCGAAAAACGAACGCGCAAAAUUUUACAGAAUGAGGGCCUGGUGCUCACCUCAAAUCGUUCUACCACGCGUUCGACAUCGGACCAGAGCGCAGCAUCAACAGAUGUCAAGAAAUUUCCCUUGUCUGCACUCGUUGAAGGGCUAGACAUCUCCAAAUGGACGUCAAAGAUCGAGGUCAAGUACUUCGACAAAAUUAAGGGCAAAGGCCUAGUGGCGAAGGAAAAACUUUCCCAGGGAGAGGUAAUCUGGAAGGAAGAUCAUUUCGUGCUCGCUCCAGAAUGGGAAAUUUACGACUUGCAGAAAUCCUCCCUUGCGUGCAGCUUUUGCAGCACGCCGCUGCAGGACUCUCCUAUUGCAAUAUCUUGCCCUUCUAGCGCAUCUUCUACAGGACAUACGUGCCCUGCUAGAUUUUGCAACCGUCUAUGUCUAUCUCGCUCGGGACGCACGCAUCCGUUACUUUGCCCGUCUCAAAACCCGGCUUCCGUACCAUUACUGAGGUUUGCCCGGCGAACCGAGUGGAUGGCUCUACAUGCCCUGGCUCAAUGCACCGCUCGACUCUUGCUGACAUACCAACAAGACGAAUCUGCUUGGGAGUCCGACUGGAAAUUUGUGCGGUCCUUGGCGCAGCUGGGUAUGGAGGAGCGCGCGAAGGAUGAAUGGAUGAAUGGGGUGGAGGUUGAUCGGGAGACGUGGAAGAAGGGACAUCAGCUGUUCCUGCAAGCAUUCCAGGAGCCAGCCGCAGCUCCGGAGAAAAAGAAGCUCGCGCGGCUGUUGAAGAAACCGCUCGGGAAAGAGAUCGCGGACGCGCUGUUCCCCUACGAAAGCUUCCUCCUCGGCUUGGGGCGCAUGAACCUCAACAUCGAGGCACACGGCGGCAUCUACGUGCUUCACUCGCAUCUCAACCACUCUUGCUCGCCAAACGUUGCCAUCAGACACCUUGACCAACGCACCGCCUUGUCACGUAUCACCGUCAUUGCCAAGCAGGACAUCCAGCCGGGUGAGGAGCUGUGCAUUACGUACGUCAACCCCGACCUCCCGGUCGACCUCCGCCGUCGUCAGAUCAUGGAAUGGGGCUUCGGCUUGUGCCAAUGUCCGCGCUGCAUCGCUGAGGGCUCUGAUUCCCCCGACAAGGCACAAAAGGCUGUGCCUACACUGGAUCUGGGCGACCUGGAAAGCGAGCUGAAGGCGGGUCUGGGCAUGUUGUAG